AUGGACGAUACCCAUGCUUUCCUCACGGCGCGGAUCCUGCACGACAAGCAAGCUGUCACGUACCGUCUACUCAGCCGUGAGAUGGGCAUGCAUGUCGACGAGGCCAAGGCAGCGCUCGGGCGCUUUGCCGAGGCGGAGGAUGUGUCGGUCAUAUAUGCCGUGCACGACGUACAUCAUGUAUUUGUCGUGCCGGCGAGCGAGCUGGAGAGCACCCUGGCUCGACUUUCCAACGGCAAAAAGCAAGUCUAUGCUUUGCAGCCAGUGGGUACAUCGUACGAUCCAGCCAUGCUGGCCUCUGUCAACCGAGCUCUCGUGUAUGACGAGGCCUAUGCUGCUCAGCGCCAUGCGGGUCUUGGCGCAUUUGGCGCCAUUCAAAAGGACGAGGAGGUUCGAGCUCCUCCUCCCCCGUCAUCUACAAACAAGCGACGCAAAGUCAUAAAGAGGAUUCGUACGAAAAAUGAAAAGGGAUAUACAGUGUUUCAGGAUAUCGAGACGUAUGAAUCGGGCGAUGAGGCGGCACCAUCGGCGCAGCCAGCAUCGACAGCUCCAGCAGCUCCCGCACCUUCGAAAUCGCCUACCAAGGCGUCGCCUAAAGGACCUUCAAAAGCGGCACCGAAGCAGCAUAGCCUGCUGAGCUUCUUUGGCAAGCGUUAG